ACAGGUUAUCAAUUUGACUAUGUAUUUGAUUGGACAAUCUUGAAGUAUCCACAGUUCAGUUCCGGCUCCAGCUCGAGCUCCAAGCCAAGAUCAAGCCUGAGACCAGCUCUGAAUCCUCCAGUACCAACCGCCGAAAGACCAGAUAAACCUUCAGCUGGAGCUGGGCAAGACAGUCGCGAUAGAUUUUCGGGUGCCUUAGAGGCAUAUGCUAGAAGAAAUGGCUCAGGAAGUGGCGCUGUUCAAGCUGAUCGAUCUAGACCAAGAACCUCAGAGAAUGUAUUAGCGUCAUCGAAGGAUUCAACACCGCAAAACUAUGAGAGAGUCGAAAGACCAAUCUCUUCAACAAGACACGCAAGUUCUUCAAGAAAAGCCGUUGUCUCGAGUGUUAGAGCCACUUCUUCAGCUGAUUUCACAGAGAACCGCUCUAGCAGAGUUAUCCCAAACAAUGGCCGUUCCUCAACCGCUCAGAGGACUCAGCUUGUUCCUGAUCCGACCUCUAGACCAUCUUCGUCUUCUUUUGCCCGAGCUGCGCCGUCAAGGACUGCUCGUGAUAUCACGCUCCAGAGCUUUGAGCUACUCACCAUAGGGAAUGGGAAGAGGAAGUGAGGCUUUUUUACACGGUAACACGGUGGUGAAUGAGAGUGGAAGAAACUACGACAUUUUUAUGGAUACUUUGUUCUUAUUUUCACGAAAUUAUCGGUUUCCUAAUUUAAGGAAUAAAUCGAACAUCAUUUGAUUACAAAUUAUAUGUGAUAAAGUAUAUGGUUUUAACUCGUUAA